AUGACAUCCUUUUUGAAAUUCUUUGUCAAAAAAUAUAAUGCCGAAAAUUUGUCAGUUCAUCUGUGUAUACAGAAAAAACAAACGAUGCUUCCAAGAUUCGUCUUCAUUGCUCUCGUCUUGGUGAUUGCUAUUACUAGCAUCGAAGCCUAUCGUGGUCGAGGUGAAUGGUGUAGUAAAACCAGAAGAUGUGCUCCAGGGUUAGUAUGUCGAGGAGGAUUCAUCAAAUUCAUAAAGACAUGUCAAGGGAGAAGAGGUGGCCAUUCGAGUAGUGGGAGUAGUGAUAGUAAUAGUGGAAGUAGGAGUGGAAGCAGGAGUGACGAUGGUGGAGAUGACGGAGGAGACGAUGAAAGAGAGGGUAGAGAUCGACGAGAAGCAGGAGACGAGGAUCGCGACGGUGGCCGAAGUAGCAAGAGCAAUAGCAAGAGCAAUAGUAGAGACGACGAUGGAGGAGAUGACGGCGGAGACGAUGAAAGAGAAGGUAGAGAUCGACGAGAAGCAGGAGACGAGGAUCGCGACGGUGGUCGAAGUAGCAAGAGCAAUAGCAGGAGCAAUAGUAGAGACGACGAUUGAGGAGAUGAUCGGGGAAAUAUUAAGAUCAUAAUUAUCGCUCAUCAUGUCAAUAUUAAUAAAAGUAAUAUGAA